GUCCCUGUGGCGUCUUAUUUCACGUUUUUGAUAUCGCAGCCAUUUCGUGUUGUAUUACGGCGACGUUACUUUUUAGUCCUAAAGUUUAAGUUUUUCUGAUUUUUGUCUCCAAUAUUUAUAAUAAACUACAAUGAGUGAUCGUGAGGGAAGUCGAUCUCCUGGCCAUAAAACAAAGAAUGACCACUCACCACACGCGAGGCGGGAAGAUUCACCAAGAAAUCACAAGGGUAAAAGUUAUUCAAGGAGUCCAAGCAGAAGCAGAAAAAUUUCUUACAGAGAUGGUGAUCGUGACAGAGAAAGGCGCAGAGACAGGGAAGAUCGGGAAGAUAGAGAUAGAGUAUACAGGUAA